AUGGUUCUGCUUGAUACUAAAGCGGAAGCCCUGGAGUACGUGUGGAGCAUCUUGCAGGGCGUGGAGGAGGAGGAGCAGCAGGAGGAGGAGUUCAGGGGAUUUGAGCUGAGGGAGGUGCACAAGGCCAGGAUGGCGAUGUUCAGGCUGGAGCGCAGAGCCACCGCCUGCAAGGAGGCCCUGAGGGUGGCGCUCCAGAGGAUACGUGGAGGCUCCUCCGUGCCGCCGGCCUCCGCCCAGGCUGUGGCGGUGUCGCGCAGCGCUCGCUCUCGCUACGGCCUGCGCCCGCGCGAGAGGAAAGUCUACACAGAGGUGGAGGAGCCCCAGGACGACGACUUCUUCUUCUGCGAGCUGUGCAGGGAUUUCUACCUGGGGGAGUGCUCCGUGCACGGCCCGCCAGAGUUCAUCGCGGACGCGGCCGUGGCCCCGGGAGUGGCCAACAGGGCCCGGCUCAGCCUGCCCCAGGGCCUCACCGUCGGCGCCUCCUCCAUCGCCGGCGCCGGCCUCGGGGUGUGGAGCAACAGGAAGAAGCUGCCCAAGGGGGUGAUGUUUGGGCCCUACCAGGGAGAGGUGUCUGAGGAGAACCCCAUGAGCGAGUACUGCUGGCUGAUUUACAAAAACAAAAAGGAUCGUGAAUAUGUUGAUGCUCAGGAUGAAUCUAAGUCAAACUGGAUGAGGUUCGUCAACUGCGCGAGGAAUGAGCAGGAGCAGAACCUGGUGGCCUUCCAGCACCGGGGGCAGAUUUACUACCGCACGUUCCGUGCCGUGGGGCCCGGCUCUGAGCUGCUGGUCUGGUACGGCGAGGAGUUCGCCCAGGAGCUGGGCAUCGCCUGCGAGGCCGGGCCCUCGCGACGCCGCAGCAGCAGCAGCAACGAGAUGGCUCCCAGGGCCACCGCCAGAGACCUGCAGCCCGUGCAUCCUCCACCAAGCGAGGAACACU